CCCAACCUGUUUCGCUCUCUCUCUCUCUCUCUCUCUCUCUCUCUCUCUCUCUCGCAGCCAUAAGAAAGAAGAUCUAUCUUUUACAUUAUAACAAGUUCGGUUUCGGAAAACUCGAUCUGAUUGGCAAUUACAGGAUUGCAUUCCGGAAAAUGGGUGCGUUGUCUUGGCCAUCUGAAGAAGAGUUAAAUGGAAUUAGAAAGAUUGUUUCAGAAAUGGCCGGGAGAGGUGUUGAGGAAGUUCGAGUUGCGAUCUCUCCUUAUCGGAUUUGUCCAUUGGGAGCUCACAUUGAUCAUCAGGGUGGGACCGUUACAGCUAUGACAAUUGAUAAGGGAAUACUUUUGGGGUUUGUUCCUUCUGGUGACACUCGGGUUGUACUACGUUCAGGACAGUUUAAACGAGAAGUUAGGUUCAGAGUUGAUGAAACUCAAAACCCAAGACAAAUCAUUCAGCAGAAUGGUGCGGUACAUUCAAAUGAUUCUUCAUCAUUACAAGAAGAAUGUGGAUGGGGAAAUUAUGCUAGGGGAGCCGUAUACUCACUAAAGAGUAGAGGAAAUGAGCUUCCCCAGGGUAUCAUAGGGUACAUAUGUGGAACUGAGGGUCUUGACAGUUCAGGUGUCAGCUCUUCUGCUGCAGAGCUUAAGCUGAUAGAAGGUGGCUACAGUAGAUUUCAAACCAAUGUUGGCAUAGCUUACCUGUUGGCGUUUGAAAGUGCAAAUAAUAUAACAGUCUCUCCUACAGAAAAUAUUGAAUACGAUCGGCUUAUCGAAAAUGGAUAUUUGGGUCUGAGAAAUGGCAUAUUGGAUCAAUCAGCCAUAUUGCUAUCGCACCAUGGUUGUCUAACAUGCAUGGACUGCAAGAGCAAAGAAUAUAAGCUAGUACACCCACCGAAGCUGCAGAAGACAUACAAAUUAUUGCUGGCAUUUUCAGGCUUGAAGCAUGCUUUGACUAACAACCCUGGCUAUAAUUGCCGAGUUGCAGAGUGUCAAGAGGCCGCAAGAAUUCUUCUGCAUGCCUCUGGGAACCAGGGAAAAGAGCCUCUCCUGUCAAAUGUUAAACCCGAAGCUUAUGAAGCUCACAAGUGCCAAUUAGAAUCCAAUCUAGCUAAAAGAGCAGAGCAUUAUUUCUCAGAGAAUAUGCGGGUAGCUAAAGGACUUGAAGCUUGGGCUUCGGGCAAUCUGGAAGAUUUUGGAAAGCUCAUUGCAGCGUCGGGUUUGAGUUCUAUAAAAAACUAUGAAUGUGGUUCUGAACCACUGAUUCAACUGUAUGAGAUCCUGUUGAGGGCUCCCGGCGUAUAUGGAGCACGGUUUAGUGGGGCUGGAUUUAGGGGUUGCUGUCUUGCAAUUGUAGAUGCUGAUCGUGCAGAUGAAGCUGCCUCAUUUGUCAGGGAGGAGUAUUUCAAGCUCCAACCAAAGUUGGCUUGCCAAAGAAAACCCCACAAAGGGGUUUUGAUUUGUGAUGCAGGAGAUUGUGCACGUGUAAUCUGACAAGCAACCACUCGUCCGUCUGUUCUUUGUUGAGUUUGCAAUGUAUUUUACUGACAUGUGUAAUGUGGUGCAUAUGGCUGGAAAGGAAUGGAAGAUGUUUUGAAGAUAAAAGAGUAUUCUUUCGAAGAUCUUCGUUAUUUUUUCUUUUCUAGUUUGAGUUUGUGGGCUAGGAUCUUUGUAAGAAAUGAUGAUAAUGUAUUGAAUCCGUUUCUGUCGUAGUUUCCUACUUUCUAGUGUACAGUAAAUAUUUCUUUUGUAUACUUUCUACGUACUUGAGCUAUGCCUAUGCUUGGUAAUAAAAUUCUUAUUAUCUUA